AAGAUGUGCACCCGGUGGAGUCCCAGUAAAGCUGCCAUGCAGGCCCCUCCCGUGGACUUCUCCUUCCGGGGCAUCAGCUUCGUACAAGACCUGCUGACGGAGGAGCCGCGCCCCGGCCCGAAGCCCAUCAAGCGGACGGAUGAGGGCCGGCUGCUGACCCAGGCCGUCCGCCUCAACAACAACACCAUCAACGACCUGACCGAGUUCACGGAGAUCAUGAAGAAGCUGCUGGAGCACCCAGAGGACAUCUACUGGUUCGACCUCUCCUUCAACGACCUGCCCACCAUUGACCCGGUAAACCUCCCCUCUCCCCCGCAGGCCAACUUCUGGCAGCAGCACCGGGCACACAGAGUGGGCAAAAGCAGGGAGGGGAAGGGAGAUUGCGAACGAAGUGGGGGAGAGGAACGGGGAAACUCUGCGGCGCUCUUGGGAAGCGGCAAUAAGGCAACAACCGUGUGCUACGUCAUCUCCACCUUGCCCAACCUGAAGUCCUUCGAUUUCAGCACCAUCACGAAGCUCGACCGCUCCACCGCUGCUGUCUGGCGCCGCAUGAACAUUAAGCCCAAGAAGGUCCGGAAGAGACGCGACGACUACUGA